AAUGACUCCAUGGUUAGUCUUACCUCUGCCGCAUCUGACUUGGGCAUUGGAGUUCAAUUUUGGGGUACACAUCCGGGAUGAGCACAAACCCAUUUCUUUUUUAUAGGUUUCACCAUCAAUUUAUAUAUCAAGUGAAGGCCUAACUGCAAUUGUAGAUGGAGUUCAAGACAUAGUUCUCAUAUUGCCAUUUAUUUGGCUUCCAUCAAUCCAUGCACAUUGAACUUUAAAUUUUGUAUUGUUUUGAGUACGAAUUUGAAACUCAUUGUGAAUUAUUUUUAUUUGGGACGGAGGCAGUACCUUUUAUAUUUGAUGCAUUUUUGGUUUCUACUUCUACGUCGUACAUUUGGUUGUUGUCUGAACUUCAUUGCUCGUACAACAGUUUGAUGAAUGUAGGUGGAAUUUAACCUUUAAUCCAUGUAGCCCAGACCACGAAUUCUUUCCGGCCAUUUUUCAGUUGCCAUGGCUGCUGUAUUAGCAAACAUUUCAGAGGCCACGGCGGAGACACCGUUGUUACAGUCGAAUGACGACCUUGUGGUCGGAAAUGUUGAUUACAGAGGCCGUCCGGCCAGGCGGUCCAAUUCCGGCGAAUGGGCUUCCGCUUGUUUCAUCUUGGGUAAAAUAUCUGACAUUUAUUCAGUUCACUAAAUAAUUGUCACAAUCUAAUUGAGUUAGAAAGUUUUGGUAAAUUACUGAUUUUCAUUUUUAUUUUCUGGGUUUGCAAAGUUGUGGAGAUGGCAGAAAGGUCAGCAUAUUUUGGAAUAAGUGCUAAUUUGAUUACUUACUUGACUGGCCCACUUGGUCAAACCACCGCCACGGCGGCGAAGAAUGUGAAUGCCUGGUCGGGAACCUCCCAGCUUCUGCCACUUUUGGGUGGUUUUGUUGCCGACUCUUUUCUGGGCCGUUAUCGUUCUAUUAUCAUAGCUUCUUUGCUUUAUAUUAUGGUCAGUCAUUCUUAUACUUUUUACAUGAACAUAAUUAUUCUUCCAAUUUUCAAAUUAUGAAAAUUGAAAGCCUUUAGUGGCUGUGAAUUCUAACAGGGAAUUGGGCUCUUGACACUUUCAGUCAUCAUUCCUUCCUUCAAGUCAGAUUCUCCAUUGCAGCUCCAAAUUAUAAUGUUUUUCUUCUCAUUGUAUAUAAUAGCAGUAGCCCAAGGUCUGCAUAAGCCUUGUGUUCAGGCUUUUGGUGCUGAUCAAUUUGACGAAUUACAUCCAGAUGAGUGUAGAGCUAAAAGCUCAUUCUUCAACUGGUGGGCUUUUGGGAAUUCUGUGGCUAUCAUAAUUACAUUACUGGUUUUGACUUAUGUUCAAGACUAUGUCAAUUGGGGACUUGGAUUUGGAAUUCCAUGUCUUCUCAUGGUUUUUGCACUAGUUUUCUUCUUGAUUGGCACUAGAACAUAUCGGUUUCGCAUUGAUGUUAAUCACGGGGAGGGAUUCAACAGAAUUCGCUGCGUUUUUGUGGAGGCAGCAAGGAAUUGGAGACCCUCAUCUUCUUCAGUCUCUUCUACCAAUGAGCAGAGUCCUCAAUUCAAGUUUCUGAACAAAGCAUUGGUAGAAACUGAUGGUUCAAAUGAAGAUAAGAAAGUCUGCUGCAUAAAAGAGGUUGAAGAGGCUAAGGCUGUCCUUAAGCUGUUUCCGAUUUGGCUGUCCUGUUUAGUUUACGGAAUUCUAUAUUCUCAACCAGCUACUUUGUUUACGAAGCAAGGACUUACAAUGAGCAGAUCAAUCAGCUCAAGAUUUGAGGUGCCGGCAGCUUCAUUACAAUGUAUCAUCAACGCUACAAUGAUAGUCUUCAUCCCGGCCUAUGACCGUAUUUUGGUCCCCUUUACAAGAUCCAUUACUAAAAGACCUACAGGCUUAACAAUGUUGCAGCGAAUCGGAAUUGGGAUAUUUCUCUCAGUCCUUUCCAUGUCCAUUGCUGCUGUAAUUGAAAAGAAACGCCUUGAGACAGCUAAAGCGUUUGGGCUAGUUGACAAGCCGGGCAUGAUAGUUCCCAUGAGUGUGGCGUGGUUGAUACCUCAGUAUCUGCUCUUUGGGAUGUCUGAAUCAUUUGCAUUUGUCGGUUUGCAAGAAUUCUUCUAUGAUCAAGUGCCUAAUGAGUUGAAAAGUACAGGGGUUGCUCUGUAUCUCAGUGUCAUGGGAGUGGGAGGAUUUCUGAGCAGCAUUCUCAUAUCUGUGAUUGAGAAAGUCACUAAUAGUGGUGGAGGAAAUGAUGAAGAUGGCUGGUUCUGUGACAAUUUGAACAAGGCACACCUUGAUUAUUUCUACUGGCUUCUUGCUGGACUUGCUGCAUUUUCUUUAGCUGUUUUUGUGUGUUUUGCAAAGUCUUAUGUUUACUCUAGGAAGCAACUUCUGAAGUUGCCUGAUUCCACCACAUCUGAUCAAGUAUAGGAAGGUGCAGUUUGUGUUGAUAUUUGUUGCAUUAGUAAUCAGUGAAUCAGACAUUUUAGUUAGUACUCCAUUAAGAAACAACACACUAAGGUAAUUAAGGAUUAUUCAUAUCAUGUUGGUGAAAAUGAUGUUGUCGUUGAUAAACAAACAAACAUAGAUAUAAUUCGGGGCAUUGCAGGAGCCCAUAAACCGCUGAAUGCUAGGGAGAUUAAUUACCGGAUAAUUGACUUGAUCAAUUUAUCAGACCAAAAUGAAAAAUAAUAUGAACAAGAAGAUAUGAAAUCGACUCUACACGUAGAAUUAUAAUAUUGCUUACGUCCCUUUUUAACUUUCAUCAAGGCCGUUUUGUAUUUGGCGGUACGAAUCAGGUGGUUAGAGGUUUCGAAUACAAAAGGAAAAAGAUCUGAUGAUAUGAACUUCACUAUCCACUGCCCGAAGAAUUAGUUCAACUCUAGGAGGAAGGAACGACAGAAAGAGUUCUGUCAUGGCUGCGAUCUCC